CAUGCAGUAGUCCAGUUUGAGCCAAGUGCUUAAUUUCGACUUGGGUGCUUCAAACGCGCCGUGAAGACGAGCGAGACGCUAGCUCACGCCUACUCACCGACCAGCGCGCGCGGCACUGCUGCGUCUUCCCCGCUCAAGCCGUCCGCAGGGCGGGAUGCUGUGCGCCGCGCUCAGCGCCUGGGCGCGGCCGGCAUUGCUGCGGCCGCGCGGGGCCGCCCAGCCGGCGACGACCCACCGCACCGCCUCCGUCCCUGGCGCUGCCGCGGCGGGCCGCGCAAGCCACUGCGCCGCACCGCUGGCGGCUGACAUUGACAUUCUGAGGAUCUAUUCCUCCCGCCGGACCUCUGUGAGGGUGGCGGCAAGCGCUGAGGAGCCUGCCGCCUCUUCGCCCUCUUCCCCCGACGUGCGCCCCAGCGAGCAGCAGCAGGCACUGCCCCCGGCGCCCACGCCCUCUUCUCCGCUGCCGCCAGCCGCCGCCGACCCACAUGCCGCUCGCCCGCCGCCGUCAGCUUCGGCCGCCGCUGUGACGGCCGCUCUGUCGUCUGUGGUGGGCGGCGCGGUGGACGCCCGCCUGGCGGGUGUGCGAGGCCAGCUGGUGCAGGAGGUGGUGGCCACGCUGACGUCAAAGCCGCGGCUGCUGCUGAAGGAGCUGCUUCUGGCGAUUGGAAAGCAGCACGCGCCGGCCUCCGGAGGGGAUGACACGGCGGAGCUGCGGCGGCGUGUGACCGACCUGGAGGCGCGCAUGGAGGAGCUGGUGGCGGCGAAGGGGCAGCAGCGGGGCGGCGAGGGCGCGGCCAAGCAGGGCUCUGGCAGCUCAGGCCCCGGCGGAGAGCCGACAGAGACUGGCGCCGGCGGCGGCGGUGGCGGCGGCGGUGGCGAAGUCGGAACAGGAGGAGGAGGAGUCGGAGUGCGGGCGGUGGGCUCAACGCCCGGACCCUACCCGGGCAUUCGCCUGCCGCGCACCAGCCCCAUUCCCGGCCAGGUGGUCACACUGGACAACGUAUACGUGGGGCUGGUGGUGCGGCGCGGCCCGGACUGGGACAAGAUCUACACAAACUUCAUGGCGGCUGGGGUCGACGGCGGCCCCGGCAAUGACGGCGUAGUGACGGACGUCGGCAAGGGUGGCUUAUUCACCGCUGUGCGCUGGAGUGCCACCGGCGAGACAAAUCACUGCAGCAACAUCAGCGGCAAGCCCGGAUACCGCGAGCUGGUGGUGGCGCCGGCGGAGGCGCAGCGGAAUACCCAAUGGGAAUGAUGUACGGUUCAUGAGGAAAUGGCGCGGCAAACAAUAAGAGGCAGUUGCAUGCCUGGCACUGGGCUACAGCCUAGUAGGUAGCGUGCGGGUGCCAAGUACGUGCGUGAUGCUGAAGUUGGAUUCCGGUGGUUGUGGUCUGUGCGGCCGUCGUUUAGUGCGUGAUGACUGCUGUUUGGCCCCGGCGGCAACGGCGAGGUGGUCAGCCUCGGCCCAGAUGGCAAGGUUGCGCAAGUUCGCUGGCGCAUGACAGGUCGGCGGUUGGAGAGCAACAUCACCGGCAAGCACUGAUGCCGCGAGCUGGUGGUGGCGCCGGCGGAGGCGCAGCGGAAGUGGCCGUGGGACGGAAUGGGUGUGGCGCAAGCUUGAUGUACGGUACAUGAGGAAGUGGCGGUAAGGUAGUUCGUAAGGAUGGGGCAUGCGUUGGCGGUUGCCGGCACUGGGGAGCUGUAUAAUAGGUAGGGGCGGAUGCCAUUACGUGCAUGUUGCUGAAGAUGGAUUCCGGUAGGCGGUUGUGGCCUGUGCUGUGCGGCCGUCGUCAAUCGACGACUGUGUGCGAGUUCGGUGCGUGCAGAAGGACGCACACGGCCCAUGGCUCAUCCAUCCAUUGGCGUUGACUGCACUUACAGCAGGGGGUCGCAUGAGGCGUGUGCGUGGGGCAUGUAUACCGUGCUGACAGCUGUCAGACGCUUGAUUGUUGCUGGGGUAAGCCUGAUGGAAGUAGGAGCUUGUCGGUGGAUGAUGCAGUGCGCGUUGCACUUACUUGUACCGUAAGCUUGCAAACUAAUGCGCUUAAGAAGGGUCGGUAAAGCUAGUCUAGGAGCAUGCGGCUUGCAUUGAGGCAGGCGGAAACUGAAGUAAACACCGCUGGGGCUGGAAUCUAUGCUGUGCUGUGAGGGCUGGGACGGGCGGCGUUCCAGGAUGUGGGGCCGGCGACGAGUUGGGGGGUUGCUAGCUAGGGGGGACGGUGUAGACGGUGAGACUGGAGGGCGCGGUUCAGGAGGGGGCGGGUAUGCCGGGGCGCCCGAUCGGCGCGCAACCAU